CUGAACUCCCCUCUCUCACACCUCCCAGCUCACCCUUUCCUGUGACCCUGCCCGAGUCUCCGUGGUGUGCGUGGACGUGAAAAUAACAAAAGAGCCGUCCGCCUCGGCAUAUUCAACCCUCUCGCGUGCGUGUGCUUGUGCUUCUGCUGUGCCAGGGAUCCUCACGUGUCAGAGUUUCAACAAGGCAACCUCUCAACACCGAAACUCAAUUGCGCACAACUACCAAAUACACUCCCCUCGCUCCGCCGCCCACACCGUCCCCAGCGGCAUCAUCGACCUUCCUGCUUGCUGCCGCCGCUGCCACAGAUAUGGCCACGGCCUCCGGCUCCGGCCUCACGCGUCGCCGCGGCGCCGGUGCAGCCAACACGAACCCCGACUCCAACAACGAGAACGAAUCCAGCCGAGUCUCGUCGCCCGUGCCCACCAAAAACAACCCCUACGGCGGCCCCGAAACUUCCUACGAGAGCGGUGAAAAUGGCCACAAGAUUGCUUUCGACCCGCGCGACAUUUCCGAGUCGGCGGAACGUAGCAAGCAGCCCAAGCUGACGCUCAUGGAGGAAGUCCUUCUCAUGGGGUUGAAAGAUAAGCAAGGAUAUUUGAGUUUCUGGAAUGACAACAUUUCAUAUGCGCUGAGAGGGUGUAUUGUUAUUGAGCUGGCGUUUCGGGGCAGGAUCUCUAUGCAGAAGGGGAGUGAAAGGAGGCGAUUCCCCUUGGCGGAGAGGUUGAUUGAGGUGGUGGAUGACACUCUGACAGGAGAGGUUUUGUUGGACGAGGCGCUGAAGAUGAUGAAGAGUAGUGAGAAGAUGAGCGUGAGCAGCUGGAUUGAUCUCAUGUCGGGCGAAACAUGGAACCUCAUGAAAAUCGGCUAUCAACUCAAACAAGUCCGUGAACGACUCGCCAAAGGACUGGUCGAUAAGGGCAUUCUGCGAACCGAAAAGCGCAACUUCCUCCUCUUCGAUAUGGCUACACAUCCUGUGACAGACAACUCGGCAAAAGACGAGAUCCGUCGGCGCGUGCGAACCUUCCUCACACAACGUACUGUCGUGCUACCUGGCUCGCAAUGGCUUCCGGAGGAGAUGGAAUUCCGGUACUUAAGAACCAUCGCAAUGCUUUGCGCGGCAUAUGCGGCGAACGUGCUGGAGAAUGCUUUGACGACAUUGGGGCAUGAGGCACGGGAAAGAGCUUUCGCGCAAGUAGAUGAGCUGCUUGCAGAGUACAGCCAGUGGCCUUUCGGGAAGAGAGCAGGUGGACCUUCGGCGAUUGGAGCAAAUCUUGAUGGGAUCGUCCGGGAUGAAGUGAAUGGUGCGAAGGACAAGGAGUUGCAGCUGGAGGUCGUGGCCGCUUGCCUGAGCGUCUUCACUCGUCUCGAUUCGCUGUUGUAGAAGAGCCUUCGAUUGCUCUCUCGUCAGCUUUCUGUAAUCGUAACAGCGCCAUCCCGAGACUGGAACGGCGCGUGGGGAAGAUGAGGAACGACAGGCUCCAUGCGAUUAACAAAUGGUGGACGCACGGUCGUUGCCAACGAAGAAUGGAUCCAGCAUCUCGAAGAAGGGAAGGUCAAUUGCUCGGUCCGGAUCGGCAGGCCUUCAGCGGUAGCACCACGUGCACAGUCAUGGCGACGAGAGGUCUGCCCGCUUGGAACGCGAAGGGGAACUUGCCUGCACGUUACCGUGUUGUGCGACGGACACGCGUUCCAUCUUUUGGAGGAAAUGCAGCGAAGCAAGUCGUUCGCUUUCAAGCCGUUGCGGAAGAGCCAUCAGCAGACCAAGAGAGGUCUGUAGUGAUGGUCUUGUCGCAGCUUUCACUUUCUGUCCUUCACGAAAGGCAUCUUUUUGGGUGGCGUAAAUCGGGUAGCGAAGGAGAUACCACGCAGAAAUUGGAAAAGAAUUCAUUUACUAUUCAUACCAGGUCUAUGUUGUUGACUGACGAAACUUCUGCUGCAGGCUUAUUUCUCUGGUCCUCUGUUCUUAGCGCCAGAGUUGCGUGGGAGUACACGGGGAAGUAUAGGUAGUGAGUGUUCGCUCCUUUGCAGCAAUUCAGUCACGCCACCCGCUGCUUUCUAACUGCAAGCGAUCAGAUUCGACCUCACAAAUAUGCCUCUUGCGCCACUGAGAUCCGCUCCGACUUUGGGAACAUUUGUUCCUCGCACAGCAUGUGAU